UUCGAACACAACCCACUUUCAUUUAUUAUUGCGCCGUAUUUGAAAAAUAUAUUUUCACGAGGACAAGGAGCUCAAGCUCAAACUGAAACUGAAACGAAGUGAGGCCUGAGGGGCUGAGAGGAUUUUAAAAUUAUAUACACCGUCGGCUUAUGAAGAUAAAGACGUCUAGGGAGCGAUAUGGGGCGAUAUUGUUUGGUUCCUGGGUGCAAGUCUCAGGCUGGACAUCAAGGUAUCAGGAUCCACACGGCAACCAGUGAAGAGCAGGCUGGUCAGUGGCUUGCUGUGUGCAACAGAGGUGGCCAAGUUAACGUUAAGAACUCUGGCGUGUGCUCACUUCAUUUUAGGCCUGACGAUUAUGACAGAGACAUUAAAUUUGAACUUCUAAAUCCAGACCAAGAUCCACAGAUGAACAAAAACAGACGGCUGAAGAUGGGUGCUAUCCCCAGUCAGAACAUACCAAACAGAGUCUCCAAAGUGCAACACCCACUGGCAGCCCGUGGUCUGUUGAAAAACAGAAACGAUGCUGUUGAAGGCGCUAUAAAGUCAUCAGAUGAAGAUGCUAGAAGAAACUCGUCUUCAGAGGACAGGAGAGAAAGGAACAAUAUGUUGCCGUCACAGUCGCAGUUGACCUACGAGGACGUGUUUCGGGAUUUCGUUCAGCGCUCCCUGGAAGAGGAGAGAAAGCAGAACUCCUCGCCGAGUGACGGUCCGGCCCCGGCCUCCGCCGGUGCCGAUGACGCCACUGACAGUGUGACGUCCGGCGCCGCUGACGGUGGCGACGAGCCGCCCCGGUCGUCCGGUCGCGGUCGGGCCGGAGGUCGCGGCAGGCGGCGGCGUAGUGCGGAGAGAGAGGAGGCGGACACUACCGCUCCGGCGGCGAAACGACCCCGCGGCCGCGGCAGGGGCCGGCCAGGCCGACGGCCGAGAACCGUCAGCUCUUCAAGGUCGGCGAUCGACUCGGACAACAGCCUCGAGUCGGCCUCUACAAGCCGCGCCUCCGCUGAGCCUGAAUCUGAGAAGGAGGAGCCGGACACUGGGCGGCGACGCAGCGCUCGGUCGUCGGCCCGCGCCGUCGACUUCAAGCACCUGCUGGAUAACGACUCGGACGAAGAGAAGGUGGAUGGCGAUCUGGAAGAUGGGGACGCUCGGGGUCGAGCGACCGGAGUUUCUGAGCGACAGGACUCGGCUGACGACGAGUCUGGGGACGACUGGAGACCGCCCAGGAAUCGAAUGGGGAGUUCCGAUGACGACUCGGAUCGCAAGACCUCCGGAGGGGCCUCUCGGCGCGGCCGGCCGGCGGGCAGCCGGGGUCGCGGCGGCGCCAGCAGCGGCAACAGCAACAGCAGCAGCGGCGGCGGCGUCACCAGCUACAAGAUACCCGAGGACAUAGCCGCGAAGGUGAAUGCCCCGCGGACAUCGAGCGAGCAGGGCCGCAACAGCGCCGGACUCAAGACUGGAGACUUCCUGAUCAGCGUGGAAGACAUCAACCUGGAAACGCCGCCCAUCUGGCGGAUCGACGGCAAGUUCCUGAUCCAAAAGUACGAGCCCAUCAAGGGCAAGGGUCAGCGCCUCUACAAGAAUAUGGGAACGUACAUGAGCUGGGCGGCAGACACGGAGAAGUUUCGUCCGGUGAGCGUCCGUUACCACCAGAUGGGGCGGACAGAGACCAUCGUCGAACUCCUGGACAACCCCCACAGCAGCACGUUCAACCUCUCGAAGAUGCUCUCAAUAGAGGAAACAUCAAAAUACCUGGACAACUUUGAGAUCUUCAUCCAGACGCUGGUGUCUCAGGCCUUGGACCCGAAUUUUUUGGUGGAGAUCACCCAAGAGGGAGACGAGUAUUUUAUGAAGAAUGUGGCCAUUGUACAAGAGGCGAAUCUUACCAGGAAAAACAAGAUUAUGGAGCUCAAAUCAUGGGACGAAUCGACGCAGGAGGAGCUGGACUCUCUGCCGGUGCUGGAGCUGGUGCUGCUGCGUAACGUGCCGCCCUCCGAGUGUGCCGUCUGCCACCAGACGGCCAACGCGCGCCUGGUGCAGAUCUACGGCCGGCCGUACGACCCCAGCACGCUGCUCAUCCAGGAGAACGUACCCACCCCGGGCAAACGGCAGCACAACAUGUGCAGCUUCUGCGCCGGCCUGGCAGACCUCUACAACAAGGUUCAGCACCUCACCUACCACCUGUACCUGCGCUGCUGUGAGAAGGUGACCCUGCGGAAGAAGGAGUCGGCCGACGAUGACACCACCCUCAUCCUCAACGACAUCCUGGCCGACGAGAAGUGGCUCUCCAAGGCGUUCUCGGACGUACAACAUAUUUGGGGCGACGUGGACCAGAUCUACGCGGCCGCAAAGGAGGAGCAAGAGGGCGGCAAGGCGGCCUCCCCGGGCAAGGCGGCCACAUCGGGCAAGGCGGCCUCCUCCACAGAGAAGACCGCCAGCGCCUGAGACCCGGCGGCGCCCGAGAUCGCCAGCGCGUGAGACCGAGCGGCCAUUGCGUGCCGGACGCCCCACUGCCAUUGACUGCCCCAGUGCACCAUUCUGUGCUGGGAUUGGGCGGGGCGAGCGGCGUGCCCCGCUCUUGGGUGAAGCUAUAAGGUCAAGUUGGCAUUUUUUUUCUAUCCAUGAUGUAGAACGUUUUGUAGUGAGUUUUGAAAUGCAUUUUUUUAGGUGAGAUUUUGGCCAUAGCAGUUCAGUAUUUUGGUAAAUGUGCAUUUGUGAAUUGUUUUAACUAGGAAUGGCCAGUGGGGACAAAACUUAAGGUAGGCAAAUUCGCGAUCGCGGACUAUAGGUUAUCGUUAUUCCACCAGUGUAUGUUAAUGGCCAGGAUGAGAGAGCUUUCCAUUUGUGCUUUCACCCCCAUUCGUGUAUAUCGCAGGCCUGCGGCAGAGCUGGCUGUAGGUCGGAUCAUACCACCCACAUUCAGUGUUUUGUCUGUGCUCGGUUAACUGGGAGACCUGCCAGGGUACGUUCUCUCCCGACUGCAGGGUAAUGGGCGCCGGCCUGCCCGCAUAGUGUGACUGACGGGAUGACUGACCCGGAUACGGCGUGACUGACGGGGAGACUGACCCAGACACGGUGUGACUGACGACAUGACUGACCCGGACACGGCGUGACUGACGACAUGACUGACCCGGACACGGCGUGACUGACGACAUGACUGACCCGGACACGGCGUGACUGACGACAUGACUGACCCGGACACGGCGUGACUGACGACAUGACUGACCCGGUGACUGACCCGGACACGGCAUGACUGACGACAUGACUGACCGGGACACGGCGUGACUGACGACAUGACUUGCGCGGACACGGUGUGACUGACGACAUGACUGACCCGGACACGGCGUGACUGACGACAUGACUGACCCGGUGACUGACCCGGACACGGCAUGACUGACGACAUGACUGACCGGGACACGGCGUGACUGACGACAUGACUUGCGCGGACACGGUGUGACUGACGACAUGACUGACCCGGACACGGCAUGACUGACGACAUGACUGACCCGGACACGGCGUGACUGACGACAUGACUAACCCGGACAUUGUUACUUAAAAGUAAUGUCCAAUCCCACUUACAGUGCGACUGACGCCGUGAGGAAUGCAAUGGCCGACCUACCAGUUGCCUCGCUGCAUUGUGUGCCUUUUAGCUCCAACGAGCUCUCAUUGACUAACCCUAGUUCACUUCAGCAUUAUGCAUCUCUACUAACAAUGUUACACCAUUGGAUUUGUGACUCUUGCGUAGUUAGGGGAUUUAUACUCCAACGGGAUAGAAAGAGCGAUUUUUUAAGUGUCUGUGAAACCAAGAUGUGAAAUAAAACAUGAGUAGAUAAAACGA